AAGGACGCGUAAUGAUCACGUGAUUGUGACAGCGAGGGCUUUCCAUAUUUGUCUAACUAGUAGCGGUCGUUUGCUGGCUAGCUAGGAGUUGAGGACAUUUAAUAGUAUAUUUUUUUUUACUUUUUUGGAGCCGCUAAAGUGUUUGAGUAAAAAUUUAGUUGUCUGUGUUAAAAGAUGUCAACUCCAGCAAGACGACGUUUAAUGAGGGACUUUAAACGGCUGCAAGAAGAUCCUCCAGCUGGAGUUAGUGGGGCUCCAUCAGAAAACAAUAUCAUGGUGUGGAACGCUGUCAUUUUUGGACCAGAGGGAACACCUUUUGAAGAUGGAACCUUCAAACUUACCAUUGAAUUCACAGAAGAGUAUCCAAAUAAGCCUCCAACAGUGCGAUUUGUCUCCAAAAUGUUUCAUCCUAAUGUGUAUGCAGAUGGUAGCAUAUGCUUAGAUAUACUUCAGAAUCGUUGGAGUCCAACCUAUGAUGUCUCUUCAAUCCUAACUUCAAUACAGUCUUUACUGGAUGAGCCAAACCCAAACAGUCCAGCCAACAGCCAGGCAGCCCAGCUCUACCAGGAAAACAAACGGGAGUAUGAGAAGAGGGUUUCUGCUAUUGUUGAACAGAGUUGGCGUGACUGUUGACCUUUGUUGUUGUUGGGAGUAUGAACAACCCGGAGUCAAGAAAACGCAGAUAUGACGACACACCUUUUAAAACCUUUCAUUAUAUUUGUCCUCGAACUGUUGCUAAGUUUGUGAGCUGUAGUGCUUUGGCAUUCACUCCUGCAGAAUGCUGUUGUGGGACAGAAGCAGUUGUUUGUUCAAAGUUAAUGUACCUUGUUAUAUCUGGGUUACUUGCUAUAUAUACCCCAACUUUUURUUUUGUUUUUUAGUAUGAUAGCCUGCCUUUCAAUUGGAACAGCUUUAYCUGUUGAAUUCCUACAUGAAGUUUACUGGUUGAUGGUUGCCUGUGUGGUUUGCUGUGUAGAUACUGCCUGUUAACUUGUACAGCCUUGUCUUUUGGUUAUAAAAUUGUCAACGUCUUUCCUCGACAGAAACAAGACAAUUAGCAGCUCUCUGAAUGUUAACAUUUAACCUAUUUAGACCUUCAACACAUAUUUUUUAUUUUUAAUGGUGUGUUGUCUCAAUGGGUUUKUGUGAAAAAUUCCAAUGCUGUUUUACAAUUUUAUAUAUAAAAAAAAAAUGGUUACACCUUUUUAAAUUUUCUUUCAGGUUAUAAAACCUUGCACUGGUAACCCAUGUAACAAAAUGUACAUUUUCUUGUAAAUAAAAUGCAUAUUACAUCA